AUGGCUAGAAUGGACGUCGAAAAGACAAUCAGAGACCUCAAACCUCUCAUUGGGCAAGUAGUCCCCAUUCGGACUAUGCAAGAGACAAGGCCCCUAGAAGAAUUCGGUGAUGCCUUUGUCGCCGAAGUCAAUGUGAAGUCUGCAUCCAAAGUGAUCAAGGCUCUCGACGCAGCUUUCCCCAAAGACCCUUCCCUUCCGUUAUCCCACCUCCGUCGCUUUGCCAAAAGAGAAAUACUCCCGCCGCCGCUGAGGGCAGCGAUUGAAAGCCAGAGUGCUCCUCUGGCGGCCCCAGCACAAACCAUCUUCGUUCUCAUAUCACCACCGUUGCCUGAUCUCACCACACUCAAGACUCUGCUCGCUCCAUUUGCGCCGGCCGCUACAAAUGAAACGUUAGACGAAACCUCAAACUCCGAUUCUCCAGCCCCCACUAUUAAUCUUCAUUCCACCACAAUCCCCCUUUGCCCCCCCUUCAAUAUAACUCAAGCCGAAGCAUGGACCAAGUCUCUUUGGCCAGUUGUAUUCAACCCAGCCGCACCCCGCUCAACUGUCGCGCCGCCCCCUCAAACCUUAAAACGCACACAGGAAUCUAUUGAGCCACGGGCAGGUUACUACAUAUCCCUAGCUCGCAAAGUAGCAGAGGAAGCAGAACAAUCUGGGCUAGGCCGCGGCGUAGGCGCAGUGAUUGUCGACCCCGCCAUCGAAGAAGAAAUAACUGCGGCAGGCUAUGAGGUCGGGUAUGAUAAUACAACAGAAUGGGACGAAGCAGUCCUCGCAGUUGCCGGUGAUGCGCGGUACUCCCGCUCCGAGGCGGGCGCGCCAUCCCAGGCCCAGCUCCACGCCGGCAUAGUGCCGAACCCAGCGAGCAAGACAUACAACGCAGAUGUCGAGGGCGGGCCUGAACUACACGCGCUGAUGCGUGCUGUUGAUAUAGUUGCUCGCUGGCGCCGAGAACAUGAUCCUCUCGACGACGUGCCUGCAUCAACGGCUACUGCAGAUCCAUUGAGGCCAGAACUAGAACAGCCAGAACUAAGCGCCUUAGAAUCAUACUUUUUGUACCGCCAUCGUCCUGAUACAUUCACCAACAUCCCAAACUCGUCUCACUCACCAUCCUCCCCAUUGAAGAGGAAGCACGAGGUCCCUAACCCUGAAUCUGACUUGGCUAUCGAUCCCUCUACAGACCCUUCCCAAUCUCAGCUCCCCUAUCCACCUCUCCCGGCUCCUCCCCCAUCUACCGUGAUACUUGGAGACUCUUCUGCACUGGCUACAACACCCGCCGGUCCGCGCAUUCGCACCCGCUCGCAGGGUGGCUACCUUUGCACAGAUUUGGACGUCUACAUUUCCCAUGAGCCGUGUCUGUGCUGCUCUAUGGGCAUGCUUCUCUCCCGGUUCCGGUCUGUCACCUUCCCCAGACGUGGGAGAUUGGAGACUGGUGGCCUGUCUUCUGAGCCGGUUGUUACUCCUGUGGCCGAUGAGCUUGAUCCAACCGUAGAAGCACCAGCUUCUGCAGUUGAUGGACAGGAUGAGAAAGAGUACUAUGGGCUGCAUUGGAGGAAGGAGUUGAACUGGAGGGCCCUUGGGUUUGAGUUUGUGGAGGAUGAUGAUGUGGAAGUGAAAAGCGAGGCUGGAAUGCCUGUCUUCCAUGCUUGA